UCGAAACACAUUCCAAGGAGGCCGGGCGACACAGCGUCAAGAGGGUGGACAAAGAACGAGAGCGGUCGGUGGCAGCUCGGUCAAUCCUGCGUGCGGCUCGUCGCGUUCCUGUCGGCGGCAUGGAUACGGUGGAUAACAGGACAGGCGUCGAUGAGCAUAAGACAACGUCGGCUUUGCUUGGAAUGUCUUGUUGUCGACGGCGGACGAGACGGGGGACAGCAGCAUGCGGGGUCCCCACAUGCCAAGCGUCUCCCCAGCUUUUCCGCCUUCCGUAAAGCCAGUGUUUUGUGCCUACCCGCGGCGUUCUUUCUUCUUUUGCGGGCGGCGUAG